GCAGUGGUGUUUUCGUGUGCCAAGAUGGCGGCGCUCAGUGCCGCUCCCGUGGAAGGCCAUGGCGGGGAGUGAAGCCUGAGGCAGCGGGGCCGGGCCGGGGCCACGGGCGCGGACGGGGAUGAGGUGACGCCGCCAUGGCGAGCGACGGGGGCAGGAAGCAGUUCUGGAAGCGGAGCGGCGCGAAGGUGCCGGGCAGUAUUCAACAUGUAUAUGGAGCUCAGCAUCCACCUUUUGAUCCAUUAUUGCAUGGAACCUUGGUAAAACCAGGUUCAAAGCCUCCUACAACUCCAGUGAAACUGAAGAAAGUCAGCACUUUCCAAGAAUUUGAAAGUAACACAAGUGAUGCCUGGGAUCUUGGGGAUGAUGAUGAUGAACUGUUAGCAAUAGCUGCUGAAAACUUAAAUACAGAAGUGGUCAUGGAAACAGCUCACAAAGUAAUUCAGAAUCACAGCAAGCUACAAGAACAGCAUAAAUUUCAGGAAGAACAUCUACAGGAAGAAAAACAAGAGGAAUUUGCACAGCUGACUUCAGUUGCAUGUGGUGAUAAUAGGCUUGUUAAAUCAGUCAGUGAAGGUCAUACAGCGAGUGCAUCAGAUAAUGCAAGUGAAAAUUCUUCCAUGCAGAGAUCACAGUCACUUCCACAAACGUCCACACCUCCCUUGGUGAGUGGGAUGGGAGACUACAACACCUCAGUUACUCCUGCAUUAACUGAAAGAGAAGCAUCCCGAUUAGACAAAUUUAAGCAGCUACUUGCUGGCCCCAAUACAGAUCUUGAUGAAUUGCGAAAAUUGAGUUGGUCUGGCAUUCCCAAGCAGGUUCGUCCAAUUGCAUGGAAGCUUCUUUCAGGCUAUCUUCCUGCAAAUGUGGACCGAAGAGAAAGCACUUUACAAAGAAAACGCAAAGAGUAUUUUGCAUUUGUUGAACAAUACUAUGAUUCCAGAAAUGAUGAAAAUCACCAAGAUACCUACAGACAGAUCCAUAUAGAUAUCCCACGCAUGAGUCCUGAAGUUUUAAGACUUCAGCCCAAAGUAACAGAGAUCUUUGAAAGAAUUUUGUUUAUCUGGGCAAUACGCCAUCCAGCCAGUGGAUAUGUUCAGGGCAUAAAUGAUCUUGUUACUCCUUUUUUUGUGGUCUUCGUUUGUGAAUACAUAGAAGAAGAAGAAGUGGAAAAUUUUGAUGUUUCCAGUCUGGCUGAAGAAGUGCUGCAGAACAUAGAAGCUGACAGUUACUGGUGCAUGAGCAAGUUGCUUGAUGGCAUUCAGGAUAACUACACAUUUGCACAGCCAGGAAUUCAGAAGAAAGUGAAAAUGUUGGAAGAACUUGUUAGUCGGAUUGAUGAACAAGUUCAUAGGCACUUGGAUCAACAUGAGGUGAAAUACUUGCAAUUUGCUUUCCGUUGGAUGAAUAACUUGCUGAUGAGAGAAGUUCCUUUGCGGUGUACCAUCAGGUUAUGGGACACAUACCAAUCUGAACCAGAGGGUUUUUCUCACUUCCAUUUGUACGUCUGUGCUGCCUUCCUUGUCAGGUGGAGGAAAGAGAUCCUGGAAGAGAAAGAUUUUCAGGAGUUAUUGAUAUUUUUACAAAAUUUGCCCACGGGACGAUGGGGAAAUGAAGACAUCAGUGUACUCCUAGCAGAGGCCUACAGACUGAAGUUUGCAUUUGCAGAUGCCCCCAAUCAUUACAAGAAAUGACUAUAAAGAGAGAGAAAUCAUUAAAUCCAUCAUGUUCUGCAAUAUUAAGGCAUCUGUUGUUCUGGUUGUGCUUUCAGCUCAUUGCUCUUUCGUUUGAAGUAAGAUGACCAUUAAAAUUCUGUUAGAAUUUGCAGAAUGAGAACAGAAUACCAAAGAAAUGGACAAAGCAGGAUAUCAAGCACUGAAUGAACUUAAAAGUGAAUUUUUUUGCUCAGAAAAAUAAGUUCAGAAGUCUUAUCACAUAAUUUUCUUCUUUUUUCCUCUUCUCUAAAUAGGAGAAUUGCGGUCUGUCUAUCUAAUUUAU